UCUCUGCCAGCUUGCCGCGAAACACGCGCGUACUGGCAGUAUACACGUAAAUAAAAUACGAUAUCGAAUACGAAAAUUACUAAUAAUUAAACAUUUAGAUAUUGCUUUUAAAAUAAUUUUCAGUGGCCAGUGUUGUGUUUUAAAAUCGAAAUAUACAAUUUUGAACUUAGAAUAGUGCAUUUGACAUUUUCUGCAUUUAUAGAUAAGGUGAAGUAUAGGACCAAAUGAACAGUGAUUAAUUAAUGAAAUAGACAAGAUAUUUGUGAACGAGUGUGCGUGAUAGUGUCACUAUGGGUUAUAAACAUUUUUUGUUGGUGUGUGCGAUCAUGUGCGCGUAUUAUGUGACGGUAACUGCACAGGUGUCCGGAGUGCGGAUUCCGUUGACCAGGUUCACGUGUCGCGGGCGAGCGUCUGGUUACUACGCUGAUAUCGAGACAGGAUGCCAGGUAUACCACAUGUGCGAUGGACUCGGGCGGCAGUUCAGUUACAGCUGCCCCAACACCACGCUCUUUCAGCAGCGGAUGCUGAUCUGCGACCACUGGUACAUGGUCAACUGCUCCAAAGCCGAGAGCGACUACAGUGCCAACCUUCUUAUUGGUCAACGUGACAAACCGUUCGUGUCUGAAGAAGAGAUGCGGCUGAGGACUCCGCGUCCAGACAUCUUGUCGGUGCCGCCCAAUAAUAACUAUUAUGAUGGACUGAAGCAAGCCGAAUCCAAGUUCCCCAUCCACCCAGGCAACAGUAUCGUCGGCGUCGCUGACACGAUAACGACCAGCAAUGACCUAGACAGCGGGAAGAACAACUACAGGCCUCCGACCUCCUGGUCCACAGGAACCGGGGUCAAUGGCCAGAGCCGACCUGAUUCCUCUUCCAACCAGGACAAAGCCCAAGAUAUAGCUGGCGCAGCUUCUGACAAUAUCACACCCACAUUCAAUACUCCAACGAAUUCGUUCGGACCUUCGACAGAAAGGUUCUUUAGAAGCACUGAUAGACCAAGGAUUCCGACACCAUCGCAAGACCUAAGCCCACCAAAAAGUCCUUCCACUACCACAGAACAGCCAUCAUCAGAAGAAUUUGAUCUUGACGUGAGAAUGAAGGAGUCUUCCGAAGACCCAGUUUACAACUUCAUAAAACGAUUCGAUCCUAACUCACCUGAUUCUAUAAAAACUGCCAUGUCGAAAUCUGAAAUUAUUAAUCUCAAUCAACAUCUACCAGCCGGGCAAGUCAGCGCUGAAGAAGAAAGGACGCCAAGGAAGAACGAAAACAAUGACGCAUUUAAUACAGUUCAUGGAAAUAACGAUAAAAAAUCCAUGACUGCAUCUAGAUUCGACACAGUUAAUUUGAAACCAUCUCCGACGACGCCCUCUACACAAUUCACGACGGAACCGACUACAAACAUCCCAACCCCUCACAGGGAACUAGUCCCUCCUAAAGAAGAGUACCUCCAAGAACCUUCAACGACUGUAGGACCACCGAUUUAUUACGAAUGGAAGUGGGCCGUGCCAGCGUUUGAUUUGGAACCACCGAAGCAGAAUAAUGAGACGUCUACGGAGAAGCCGAAAGGCAAGGUCCAAGGUCGCAGCCCUUUCAGCAGCGUGACGAGACCUUCGCCAGUAACAGUAGACCCUACUCCGAGCAACGUCGAGUACAAUACUAGUUCUUACUUCGUUCCCGACUACGUUUUCCCUUUAGACAAUCCGCAUCCAGGUUACGAAGGCGAGAAUUCCCAGACAUCCUUCCAAGUUAAAAUCAGUCAAUCUAAUUUUGGGGAGAACCCUAACUGCCCCCAGUGCCACCCCGCGUACCUUAAACCUGGUACUUGCGAGCCCUGUAUAGUAAAACGGUAACAUAUUUUGUAGAAACCUGCGCAUAGUUAUUUUAAAGCCAUAAUUACUAAGUAAUCUUUUGUACUUUUAUUUCCAGUGUCAUCGUAUCUAGACUAUUUUUUAUACAUAGAGAUAAUCAUGUUAUUAUUUAUUUUUAUGUACUAACGUUGCCUAUUUUCUUAUUUGUUGAUGCGAUUUAAUUAUCUGUACUAAAACAAACUAAAUAGUUAAUUAAUGCAACAGUUUUCUGUAGGUAAUUGUUUUAUAUCAAUGCCUAUUUGCUUGUUGGCCCCGCUACGUCGACCUUUACUAAAGCAGGGUAUGUUUUAUAAAUAUUAAUAAUUUGAAACAUUUUUAACCACCGAUGACUUAAGACAAUGACAAAAAAUAAUAGUCGUUGUAGUCAAACUUAACAAUCCAGAUACAUUUUCUAUAAUAAUAUAACUAGAAUAAUUUAUACCUAUCAUCAAAUUUAUCGUACGUUAGUACGGUACGACAUGAUUAGUAUUUAAUAAAGAGGCAUGUAAUAUUACAGUAUAGUCCGAAUAAGCCAAUGUUACUUUAAGCCAUAGAAUUAGCAGUUAGUAGUACAAAUGUCUACUCAUUAAAAUAAAGUUGAAGAGUUCGUACUUGUCCAUUUUGAAAAAAUAUGUUUUGCGUAACUGGCAAACCAGAGGAAACGGGAGAUAAUUCAGGCCUAAAGUCUCAACAAUAAUAUGGACUCUCUUUUAAUGCGAGAAUAUGAUAAAACUUAUUCUCGCAUUUUAUACAAUCACUGUACAUACUCAAACGAACGAUCAAUCUGCUGUAGGUACAGCUUGAUUGAUCGGGAAGUCCCGAAAGAAGUAUAUUUUCUAAUUUCGUGAUAAAUUUUCACGAGAAGCGAUGGACAAAGUAUAUUAUUAAGGUGUACGCAACGCUUAUUUUAGGCCUACAUACAGAAUCAACGUAUGUUUCUAAACGAACAUAUAAUUGCUCGUUAGGUUUCCUACCUAAUUAUAGAUGUGUAUAUGUAGUUACUAUAUUUUUUAACUUUUUGUACAACUGUGCAUAAAAUCUACUAGUUCAUAAUAAAUUGUUUUAUAAUACAA